GUUAUGGGUUGUGGCUUUGUCUCAUUGGCCGACAGCGAUCGUAUGACUUCUGCAAAAUGUGCAAGGCCAGCGGUCGUCUGCCACGGGCAUCCGGCCAGGCAUUAACUUUUGUCAAUUCUUAAGUUCAAUUUUAAUUUGGAUUUUAAAUAAAGAGCACCAUCUCGAAUACAAAACUCCGGCUUUAUCCGUUACAUUUAUUCCAUUUAUUGAAUUUGGUUAUCGUGCCUUAAGGGCCGUAACAACGGAGAAGAGUAUCUCCCAUCGUAAACUUGGAAAAAAGAGGAGAAUCGCCCGACUCUAACUUUGGUAGUUACCACGUCCCAACCCUUUGGGAUCUACAGCGACGAGGGCCACCAGCGGUAGCAACCUACCGCCGACCCCCCGCCACGGAUAUCUAAGCAGCCGGCUCUACCCCUGCCACGGAGGCACAGCCAGCCGGCCAAGCCAAUUAUUUAAUUGACGCCCAACGGAUUAAUAUUAUUACUAAGAUUCGAUUCCACCCCUGAAGUUGUACAUAUAAAGUUUCCUCAAUUAAGAGACUCGGGAACCUACGAAUGCCAAGUAUCAACUUCACCGCCCGUGGGAUAUACUAUGCUAUUUUUGGUAGUCGAGCCUGUUACAAACAUUCUCGGAGGACCAGAGAUCUACAUUGAUUUAGAGUCAACGGUUAAUUUAACAUGUGUCGUUAAACACUUACCAGACCAUCCCAACUCAGUGCGUUGGACACACAACAAUCAGGAAAUAAAUUAUGAUUCCCCAAGAGGAGGAGUGUCAGUAAUAACUGAAAAAGGAGACAUAACUACAUCCUACUUAUUGAUACAAAGAGCGAAAAUUACCGAUUCAGGGACAUACUCUUGCUUACCAUCAAACGCAAAUCCGAUGUCUACAAGUGUCCAUGUUUUAAAAGGUAAUCAUCCUGCGGCAGUUCAAAAAUCUAACAUCCUGCUAUCUAAUACUUUAAAUUAUUUAAUAGUUCUCAUGUUAUUACAUUGCAUAAUUUUAUAAAUACUUUGAAUAAUAGAAAAAAUAAACAACUUUAAUUAAUAAUUUCAGAA